UCCUUGCUUGCAGGCUGUUGCAAACAUGCCCAGCUCGGCCUUUAGGAGGCAGGCAGAGUAGUAACCCAGAAUUAGAGCUAAUAGCCCUGCUGCUAAGUGUAGUAAAAGCAGUGACUCCAUCCCAUCCUGAGUUUAGCACAGCGGGGGUUUCUGAAUGUAAAUAAAACCCGUUUCCUGACCUCAGAAGAGAGCACAGCCUGUCGAGGGAGUUUCCACUAUAUAAAGUAGCAUGGAUCUGCCUGUGAAUGAGUGGAAAUCAUAUAUACUUCAGAAGUGGUCUUUGCUCCCAAAGUCCAUUCAGGUCACAAUUUGUACAGCAGAAACUUUGAGUGAUAUCUUUCUUCACUGCUCUUCACUUCUUCAACCUGAAGAUGAGAUGGUUUUAAAAAAGCUUUCUAGCGCUUACCUUGUGGGAAAGGACCCCGAUGCCCCCCUUUUUUACAGAGGAGAAGGGAACAAAAAAUUUCAGAAGAAGGAUUAUAUGGGAGCCACGUUGCUAUAUUCUAAGGGCAUAUCACAUUCAAGACCAAAUACUGAAGACAUUUCAUUGUGUUAUGCCAAUCGCUCCGCAGCCCUCUUCCACCUGGGUCAGUACGAAGCAUGUCUCAAAGACACCAUCAGAGCACAGAUGCAUGGGUAUCCAGAAAGAUUGCAACCCAAGAUGAUGUUGCGUAGGGCAGAGUGUCUGGUGAAUCUGGGGAGACUACAGGAGGCAAGGCAGAUCAUCAGUGAUCUUGAAAGUGACUUCGCUGCCACACAAACCCUAGCAGCUUCCCAGUUUCUAAUUCUGCAGAGAACCCUCUGCCGCCUGAAAAUGAAGGUACAAGAAAAGGAGACUCUCACAGAAACCUUCCCAGCAGCUCUAACCAACGCCUUCGAGGAUAUGAACCUAAGGGAAGAGAAUGAACAAAUUUCCAGUGCAUCAGCAUCUGUCGGCUUAUGCACAGACCCUUUAAAAGGUCGCUGUCUGAUUGCCACAAAAGAUAUUCUCCCAGGAGAGCUCCUGGUGAAGGAGGAUGCUUUCGUGAGUGUCCUUAACCCAGGAGAAAUGCCACCACUACAGAAUGGCCCAGAGAGCAAGUGGGAUACCAGGGUUGCCAACGGGGAUCUCUACUGCCACCGGUGUUUGAAGCACACUUUGGCCACAGUUCCCUGUGAUGGAUGCAGCUAUGCCAAGUAUUGCAGCCAGGAGUGUAUGCAGCAGGCCUGGGAUCUCUACCACAGUACUGAGUGUUCUCUAGGGGGCCUACUUCUCACGCUGGGAGUCUUUUGCCAUGUUGCCCUGAGGUCAACUCUUUUAGCUAGAUUUGAGGAUAUUGGCAAAGUCAUGAGGACGCUUUGGGCUGAGAUUAAUAACAAGGACAUCAGUUUACCUGAAAGCAAGAAUCUGGCGCAAACACUCAGUAAGGACCUGGUAGCGGAGAGUGAGAAAAAUGGCAAAACACUUGAGCCCCCAAUUCCUGGAUGCGAUACUAAUGGGAAGUACGAAAGUAAUUAUAAUGCUGUCUUCAGCCUUUUGCCCCAUACUAAAAACCAUAGCCCAGAACACAAAUUCCUCUGUGCUCUGAGUGUCUCUGCACUGUGCAGGCAGCUGGAAGCAGCCAGUUUAUUCACCCUCAAGACAAGUCUGAAAUCCCCUCAGCCGAGAGCAGCAGCGGUCCCUGCGCCGUGUCAGGAGCUGCACGCCUGGGGAGUGGCCAUGCUGCGACACGUGUUACAGCUGCAUUGUAAUGCUCAGGCAAUAACUACCGUACAGCAAACGGGAUCUAAAGAGAACAUCAUUACCGACAGCAGGCAGGUGCGCCUUGCCACAGGCAUCUUCCCUGUCGUCAGCCUCCUGAACCAUUCCUGCAGCCCCAACACCAGCGUGUCCUUCAUUAGCACUGUCGCCACCAUUCGGGCGUCACAGCAGAUUGGAAAAGGACAGGAGAUUCUCCACUGCUACGGGCCUCAUGAGAGCAGGAUGGGUGUGGCUGAAAGGCAGAAGAAGCUGAGGUCUCAGUAUUUCUUUGACUGCAGCUGCCUGGCUUGUCAAAACGAAAAGCACAGCGCGGCGGCAGGGCCCCGGUGGGAAGCGUUCUGUUGCGCCCGUUGCGGAGAGCUCAUGCAGGGAGAUGACGUGCUGAGCUGUGGCGAUGCGUCUUGCACGGGAUCGGUCAGCAGGGAUCUCCUAGUCUCUCGGUUACGGGACCUUCGGGAGCAGGUUGGGGUGGCCCGAAAGCUUCUCAGAAACGGUAAACUAGAGCGAGCCAUUCAGCUGUUGUUGGGGUGCCAGCAGGACGCUGAGGGCUUCCUGUCGGCGGAACACGGCGUCGUAGGGGAAGUCGAGGAUGACCUGGCCCAGGCCUAUGCUGCUUUAGGGGACUGGCACAAGUCAGCUACUCAUUUGCAGAAGAGUCUCCAAGCAGUCGAGGCUCGCUAUGGGCCAUCCAGCGUUGAAAUGGGCCAUGAGCUCUUCAAACUGGCCCAGAUCUUUUUCAACGGGUGUGCGGUACCCGAAGCUCUGGACGCAAUACAAAAGGCAGAAAAGAUCCUGCUGGUGCACUGCGGCCCUGGGAACGACGAGGUCCAGGAGCUGCAGGACAUGAAAUCCUGUUUAUUGGACUUGCCGCCCCUCCCUGUGGGGCCUUCCGUGUAGGGCCCCCGGGGGACUGGGAGCCACAAGAAGGGAGCCAUGGAGGAAGAGUUAAAGGAAUUCUGUUGCCACGGAGCUGUCACCAGGAAGCACAGGUCU